AUGGAGGACUACAGACAUCAGGGACAACAUGAGGACUACAGACAUCAGGGACAACAUGAAGCACUACAGACAUCAGGGACAACAUGGAGGACUACAGACAUCAGGGACAACAUGAAGCACUACAGACAUCAGGGACAACAUGGAGGACUACAGACAUCAGGGACAACAUGGAGGACUACAGACAUCAGGGACAACAUGGAGCACUACAGACAUCAGGGACAACAUGAGGACUACAGACAUCAGGGACAACAUGGAGGACUACAGACAUCAGGGACAACAUGGAGCACUACAGACAUCAGGGACAACAUGAGGACUACAGACAUCAGGGACAACAUGGAGGACUACAGACAUCAGGGACAACAUGGAGCACUACAGACAUCAGGGACAACAUGGAGGACUACAGACAUCAGGGACAACAUGACAGACAUCAGGGACAACAUGAGGACUACAGACAUCAGGGACAACAUGGAGGACUACAGACAUCAGGGACAACAUGAGGACUACAGACAUCAGGGACAACAUGAGACUACAGACAUCAGGGACAACAUGAGACUACAGACAUCAGGGACAACAUGGACACAGACACAGGACAACAUGAGGACUACAGACAUCAGGGACAACAUGGAGGACUACAGACAUCAGGGACAACAUGAGGACUACAGACAUCAGGGACAACAUGAGGACUACAGACAUCAGGGACAACAUGGAGACUACAGACAUCAGGGACAACAUGAGGACUACAGACAUCAGGACAGAGACUAUCGGGACAACAUGAGACUACAGACAUCAGGGACAACAUGA